UCUUCCUUUCAUCUGUCAGAAGCGUCAAUGGAGACCCAUCUUUUCUUUGCCUUCUUUUGUGCCUGGAUUUGUCUCUCAGUUCCCUUGGAGUCCUGUAUUGCAGCUGAUUCCAUAAGGAUUGACCAAUCCAUAGGCGAUGGUGAGACUUUAGUUUCCUCAGGCCAAAGCUUUGAACUAGGCUUCUUCUCUCCUGGCAGCUCCAAAAACAGGUACUUAGGAAUAUGGUACAAGAAUACACCCCGGACAGUUGUAUGGGUUGCAAACAGAAACAACCCGAUCGCAGAUUUGUAUGGAGUUUUAACCAUCUUCAACAAUGGCGCACUUGUUCUUCUCAACCAAUCAAAGAGUGUAAUCUGGUCGCCCAAUUUGUCAAAGGUACCAGAAAAUCCAGUUGCACAGCUCCUGGAGACCGGAAAUCUUGUUCUCAGGGACAGUAGUAAUGAAAGUUCUGAAAGCUAUAUAUGGCAGAGCUUUGAUGAUCCAUCAGACACAAUGUUGCCAGGCAUGAAGGUGGGAUGGAACUUAAAGACUGGUCUACAACGAAAAUUGACAUCAUGGAAAAGUGCUGAUGACCCAUCCCCUGGAGACUUCUCUUACAGAAUUGAUAUUAAUGUGCUGCCUUACAUGGUUCUUGGUGUGGGAGCAGGCAAAAAAGUCCGUUCCGGGCCAUGGAAUGGACUUGAAUUCAAUGGUUUGAAUCCGUCGGAAAACUCGGUUUACAAAGCAGUUUUUGUUGCCAACAACGAUGAGGUAUAUGCCCUCUAUGAGUCUAACAACAAUAAGAUCAUUUCAAGACUAACAUUGAUCCAUUCAGGUUUCCUCCAGCGUCUGGUAUUAAAAAAAGGGAGCUCUGAAUGGGAUGAAUUGUACUCAUUUCCCAGUGAACUUUGUCAAAAUUAUGGCCAUUGUGGUGCUAAUGGUAUCUGCAGAAUUGGCAAGCUGCAGAUUUGUGAGUGUUUGACAGGUUUCACACCAAAAUCACAAGAAGAAUGGGACAUGUUUAAUAUAUCAAGUGGAUGCACACGAAGAAUGCCUUUGGAUUGCCAAAGUGAAGAGGGAUUUGUAAAGGUUACAGGGGUGAAAUUGCCCGACAUGAUAGACUUUCAUGUGAUUAUGGGUGUGAGCCUUAGGGAGUGCAAGGUAUCGUGCUUGAACAACUGUUCUUGUACAGCAUAUUCCUACUUAAAAGCAUAUGCCUACUCAAAUCCUAAUGGAAACGGUGGCUGUUUGAUGUGGUCUGGGAACCUGAUUGACAUCAGAGAGUUAACUUCAGAAAAAGCUGCGGAGGACAUCUAUAUCCGCAUACACACUUCAGAGCUAGGGUUAAACACUUAUCAGAAGAAAAAACUAGUGAUCAUCCUUGUUAUAUCUACCUUUUCUGGAAUCCUCACCUUGGGCUUAGCAGUCUGGUUUCUAUUUCGGAAGAAGAGAACAAUGGGAACAGACCAGGAAAGCAAGGAGAACUUAGAGUUACCUUUGUUUGACUUGUCUACCAUUGCAACUGCUACUAACAACUUCUCCAACACCAAUAUGAUUGGAGCAGGUGGCUUUGGGUCUGUGUACAAGGGAAAUCUACCAGAAGGAGUAGCAGUAGCAGUGAAGAGAUUGUCCCAGAAUUCAGCACAGGGUGUUCAAGAGUUCAAGAAUGAAGUUGUUUUGAUUGCGAAACUUCAGCACAAGAAUCUUGUCAGGCUUUUGGGCUGCUGCAUUCAAGGAGAAGAAAGAAUAUUACUCUAUGAAUAUAUGCCUAACAAAAGCUUGGAUUAUUUUAUUUUUGAUCAAAACAGAAGAGCAUUAUUGGCAUGGGAUAAGCGUUGCGAGAUUGUUAUGGGGAUAGCACGAGGGCUUCUCUACCUCCAUCAAGACUCUAGAUUUCAAAUUAUUCACAGGGAUCUCAAGACGAGCAAUAUUUUACUGGAUGACAAUCUCAACCCUAAAAUUUCAGACUUUGGCUUGGCAAGAAUUUUUGGAGAGAAUCAAAUGGAAACGAGAACAAAGAGAAUUGUUGGGACUUAUGGCUAUAUGUCCCCAGAGUAUGUGAUUGAUGGGCACUUUUCUGUCAAAUCAGAUGUCUUUAGCUUUGGUGCUCUUUUACUAGAGAUUGUGAGUGGUAAAAAGAACAGAGGGUUCUCUCAUCCAGAUCACCACCAUAACCUUUUGGGACAUGCAUGGCUGCUGUGGGAACAAAACAAGGCCUUGGAAUUAAUGGAUGCAUGUUUGGAAGAUUCAUGUGUUGCAUCGCAAGUAUUACGAUGCAUACAAGUAGGUUUACUAUGUGUUCAAAACCUUCCAGCAGACAGACCAGCAAUGUCAUCAGUGAUUUUCAUGUUGGGUAAUGAGGGAGCAACAUUGCCUCAACCUAAACAUCCUGGUUUCUUCACGGAAAGAUGUUCAGUGGAUACAGAUACAAUGUCAGGAAAUAUAGAGUUACAUUCAGAAAAUGCAGUAACCAUCUCAAUGCUAAAAGGUAGAUGAAGAAUUCAAGCAUCUGCUUAGUGAAUUAUUUAUGCAGGUGCCAGCUUCUCUGACUAAAACGGGUUGCAAAGGUUCCUCUGUUGCGGCUCAGGGCACUGAAAUCUGCAACUUAAGACUCACUAGUAGAAUUUCCAAAUUCAGAUUCCCUCUGGAUCAGGUUGGUAAUAAGCAGAAGAACAUGUAUUCUACAGUCACCUUAUGUGCUACUGUCUUUUUUUUUUUUUUGUCUCCUCAGGGUG